AUGGGAAAUCAGUAUAACUUACAUACAAAGGUUAAGAGUAAAUAACUUCUAUUAAACGAAUUAAGAACAUAUAAGAGUUUAGUUGGAGCAUCUGUAAGUUUUCUAAUAUUAGGAACUUUGAUGGCUUUCCUCAUUUAUAAAAUCAUCAUCCUAAAUGAUAAAAGUGACACAAAGCUUGCCAAAAAGUCUUUUUUCCUUGAUUUAGAUUCUGAGGAUGCUUAAGUGUAUAAUGUUGGUGAAUUCGGAUUUGAUUUUGCAUUUACUGUUAACGGUCCUAACGGACUAAUGAACUAAUCCAUAGGGUACUUUUCUUUAAAUCAAGUUGAAGUUUAUAUAGACUAAGCAACUAAUAAGAGUGUUAAAUCAAAGAAAUCGAUUGAAUAUGACAUAUGUGGGGAUAAAUACUAUAACUUUAAGAAUAAAGAAAAGACUAGAGUUUAUGGAAUUAACAAAUUUUACUGUCCUGUUUAGAAAGAUUUCAUGUUUAGUCUGGCAAUGGUUAACUCCUACUUUGAUUUUAACAAUUUUACUUAGCCAGUCUAAUAAUUCAUAGAUGACUCCUUAUAUUUUGAGAUAGAGCCUGAAACAUGGAAGGGUGCAAAUGUUUACCUUUAACCUAAUAAUGCUUAGCUUUAAGAUGAGAUAUUAUCUUUUUCCGAUUAAGAAUUACAAUUUUUCCAGGUGAGGCUAGUUUAUGGCAUUGGAGAUUUACUGGGAGAUGUUGGAGGAUUUAAAGAAUCCUUAUUACUGAUUGGAAUGCUCUUGGUAGGUUUCAUUUAAGAGAGAUUAUUUUUAUCAUCGCUUUUGAAGCACAUUUACCAAGUAGAGAAAACAACAAAUGGUACGGAAGAUCAAGAUGAGAAGAGAUCAUUUUAUUCUGAUGAAGAAAAUGAUCAAAAUAAAAAGAUUUAAAAUAGCAGUCAUAAAACCGUCUCGGUAACUUCUGAAACGUAAAGUCAGCAAUCAAGUAAAAAUACGAAGGCUUUUAAAGUUAGGAAAUCUGAAUUUAGAUUGAAAAAAAUGAUUCAAAAGGAGAGUAGAGAUUCCCAAGGAGAAUACUAUGUUAGCAAAUUCGGGUAAUUAGAAUAAAAGGAAAAAGACUAAAUAGUUGAAUAAAUAUUUGGAAGACUAAGAUUUAAAUAUAGCUUCAAAGAUAUUCUUUCGUAUCUGCUAAGAUUUGCAUGCUGCCUCAAAUAUAAAAGUAUGAUGCUCAACUAAAAACUAAGAAAGCAUGCUUUAUUUGACAAAGGUUAAGAAAAAUUACUAGAAGAACUUGAUUGUGUAACUUUACUGAAAUCGAUAAGAACAUUAAAGCUCUUUUAACAAGUAUUUCUUAAUGAAAACCAAAAACUGCUUAUGAAGUUUUAAAGGAAAAUGUUAAUUGAUUCUGAUUCUACUUCAUCAGAUAGUGAUAGAAAUGAUCAAGAUAAUUUGAAGCUAAUUGAAAGUAAAAACUAUGCUAUUUAAAUUUAAACAAAAAAUAAAGUUAGAUCUUCGAUUUAUGAGUUUACAAAUUAGAAAGAACUAAAAGACAUUGAUUAAAGAUUACUAAAAGGAGUUUUUGUGAAAAAACUAAAAUAAAAAAAGAAAGCAGAAUUCUUUACCACUUAUUAAAAUAUGAUAAUUAAUCGACUGACAAAUCCAGAUAAAAUUAGUAGUUCAUAAAAUACGCAAAUUUUACUCACAUAACAACCACCUUCUGCAAACUCUCAUUAUGGUCCGAAAAGAAUAAAUUUCUUUUAAUAAAUUUCAGGUUAAGCUAAAACAGAACUCAAGAUAAGUCAACCAAUAUCAAAUUAAAUUUCUAAAAUGAGGACCUAGAUGAUAGCCUCUGAAUGGAAUAACGAUGCUUUUGAUGCCAGAUCAUAAUAGAAUUUUGAAUUUAAUCGAAAAGAUACGUAAUAAAAGUUGUAAUUUAGAAUAAAUGACAUAGAUAGCUUUUUGGAUGAAGAUAUCUCACCUAAGAAAGAUUUGAGUGAGAGUAAUCGUUAAUUUAUUGAUGGAGAUAAAAACCAAAAUAACUUAGAAGGUUCUAAGGAUGAAUUUAAUUUGAAAGAACUUGAGGAUGAGAUUAUGCUCUCUGAUUAAGAACUAGAUUCAUUUGGAUCAUUAAAAAGAUAAAGAAAGAUUUUAUAGUGA